AUGAUGCUCCAUAGGCUUGAGGACCCUACCUUUAAGGAUUUCCGUGCAGCCCUAGGAACACGGUGGGAACAGGACCUCCUCCUGGCUGCCGCCUAUGUUUCGGAUGCACAGUACAACAGAAAUGUCCCGUUUGAAACAUCCCCGCGGGCCAUCAGACUUUACUAUUUUUAUAACCACUGGGCCCUGCGAGUCGCCACGUACGUCUUUAUUUGUGUAGACCUUUCUCUCGCCCUGUUUGAGGAGCCUGCACUGUUCCCACUGCCUUUCUUGGCGACCUCGAUAGUGGAAGUCCUGUGCCUAACCGCCUUCUUUGGGAGACUGGUGCAUUUUGCAAAAGUCACUCCUCAGAUGGUUUUCUGGAAAGACACCAAGAACAUCUGCAUCCUGGUGACCAUCGCGCUGACCUUGCUGGACCUGAUUAUCUAUGGAUCCCUGGAAGCCGUUCAGAUCCGCGGCAUUAGAUGGUCCAGGGCCUUCCGGCCAGUCUUCCUCAUCAACUUCCCCGAAAGCCGUCAGAUCCGUAGGGCUCUCCGAAGCAUCCGGAACACUCUGCCCGACAUCCUCUACGUCUUCCUCUUGUUUAUGUUCAGCGUGCUCAUCUUCUCCCUGAUGGCCUUGAAGCUCUUCGGGGACAGGGGUCUGAAGACAGCAGAAGGCUCCCCCUACCUCACGAACAUUCUGGAGAUUGCGUUUGAGCUCUACGUGCUGGUCACCACAGCGAACAGCCCCGACAUCAUGAUGCCUGCCUAUGACUUCAACCGGUGGUACUCGCUGUACUUCAUCGCCUACAUCAUCAUCAACACGUACAUCUUCAUGUCCGUCUUUCUGGCCGUGGUCUACAACAAUUACAGGAAGCACCUCAAGAACGAGAUCCGCAAACUAGUAUACCUGAAACGUCACAAAAUGAUGGAGGCGUUCAAGAUCCUAAAGGUCAAGGUGGACACGGAGUUCGUGGUGAGAGAAGCCGAGUGGAAGAGGCUGGCGAGGAUGGUGGUGCCAGACAUCAGCAGCUCCCACCUGGAGCUCCUCUGGAGGAUCUCCGACGAGGGGCAGAAGGGGCACGUGGACAGAAUGAACUUUCUGCGCUUGGCUGACCUGCUCAACAUCCAGGUGGUCACCGUGAGCAUCAGGAGGCACCCGCUGGAAGCCUGGGCGCCGCGGGUUUACCAGUCGUCCGCGAGCCUCUUCAUCCAGAGGAUGGUCCGGCACAGGGCUUUUGUCUGGGUUUAUGAUGCCAUCAUCCUCAUCAACGCCGUCUUCAUCGCCCUGGAUGAGAGAAGCCUGUUCAUCUCCCGGGCGGAGUGGUUCUUCCUCUCCCUCUACGUUGCUGAGAUCCUGCUGAAGCUGUACACGUAUGAGCCCAGGGCCUAUCUUGGAAGGAAGCAGUUCUGGAACUGGUUUGACAUACUGAUCAUCAUUGCAGCCCUGGUGGCCACUGUGGCCAAUGCCACCAUUCAGUCAGCAAGAAAAUACAGUAGUCAGCAGAUCCUGGAUAUCGUCUUGAUACUGAGGAUACUCCGGCUCCUGCGGGUCAUCGUCAGCAUUCAGAGGUUCCGGGUGAUAGUGACCACGUUAAUCAACAUUGGCCCUACGGUGCUGACGUUUGCCGGGCUCAUCUUUGUGGUCUACUACGCCUUUGCCAUCGUCGGGAUGGAAGUGUUCCAGGGCAAAGUGCGGUUCUUUGACCCGAAUUUCACGGCUCCUGACGCCCUGGCGUGUGGCAACCCGGCCUUGAGGGGCUCGGCGUUUGCCCGGGCCAGGUACUGCAAGAACAACUUCAACGACCUGGCGUCGGCCUUCCUGGUGCUGACAGAGCUCACUGUGGUGAACCAGUGGCAUGUCAUGGCAGGCGGCUUCGCCCUCGUGACGCACCAGGCAGCGAAGCUGUACUUCAUCUUCUUCCAUGUCGUGGUGGUCAUCCUCAUCAUCAAUAUUUUCAUAGCGUUCAUCCUGGAAGCGUUCUUCGUGGCGUACUCACUGGAGAAAAGCAAGCUAGAAACUGUGAUUGAGAAGAAAAUUCAAGAGCUGGGCGUGGGGAUCCAAGAGGAAGAAGAACAAGACAAGAAGCCCACCGAUGAUGUGGGUACCAAGGACGGUGGCUCCAGUGGGGGUGACGGGGACCACAGAAGGGCGGCCGCAAAAGGCCUGUACUGCAGGAUUGCAUCAAACAGGUACAGGACCGUGGACGCCUUGCUGCAGCGCAUGUUCGAGUCUGAGAUCGCCCCGGACGAGGAAGGCCCCUCCCUGGACGAGAUCCUGAGCUUCUCGCCCAGUGACAUGUAUGUCAAGAAUCCCAAUUUUGAAAACAGCGCAUGAGCCCGGGCUUGCGGGGGCCCCAGCUGGAAGCAAGAGGAGCCGCCAGCCCUUCCCGCGUGUUGCAGCAUCUGGAGGGGCCUUCCCCCGCCCUGCUGCCUUCUGGGUCCUGGGGAGCCUGCGUGUCACCUGUGUGGGGUGGAAAGGCCGCCUCGGUGGGCAGUGCUGGGGACAUUCUUGGGUCUGAUCGUGGCCCCAGGGAGAAGAAGAGUAAGGGCGAGUUUGCUGGGGGCUUCUGGCCUGCACCUGCGUGGGCGUGUGUGAGGUCAUCCCAGGGGGUUUAUAAAAGCCUUUCAUGUAUUUUAUAUGAUAUUUUUACCAUGCUUUUAAACUGCCACUGUGCUGCAAUGUUACAAGACGGAAUUAUGCAUAUUUAAAUAAGGGAAGGUAAGGGGAGACAGUAGCUUUUGACACAGCGCGCAUUCAGAAUGAAGAACCAUAGGAAUGUGAAAAUCUUGUCUCAGCUUCUUUUUCUGGGGUUGGACGGGUGCUCUCCGGGUAGGGCCUAGCAGUUACGAUGCUGGAGUCCCACGUGGGAGUGCCUGGGUUUGACACUCGGCUGCGCUGCUGACUCCAGCGUCCGGCUGAUGGCGUCCCUGGGAGGCUGCAGUGACAGCUGAAGGCUCAAGCAAUUGGGUCUCUGCCGCUGGUUUCAGUUCCUGGCUUCUGGCUUCUGGCCUCUGCCCGGUCCAUUCCCGUCCAUUGCAAGCAUUUGGGGAGUGAACCAGCAGAAGGGAGCCCUCUCUCUGUGUCUCUCUACCUUUCAGAUUAAUUAAUUUUAAAAACCACACAUACCUGGC